CGAGCCACGCGGGGCGGGAGCUCCCCAGGCCGGGCCCUGAGGGUCCCGGACCGGGCCUUAGCCGUGCGGGACCAGUGGUGCGGGGGGGGUCAUUGCCUUUCGCGGCCACCCCAACUGAGGGGAAGCCCGUCGGAGCGCCCAGAGGCUCCGACGAUGGGCCGGGUCGGAGAGGCCCGGUGUCCAUUUCGCCAGCUGGAUGCUAUUGGAUCCCUUCCCUCGCUUCCUCUUUCUUCCUGAGCUCCCUCUCCCGAUUUAUUCCUGUCCCUCUGCUCCUCCGCAGCCUCCCGGGCAGCGCUGGGAGAGGAGGCCGGGCAGUGCCGGCAGCCCGGAGGACGGGAGAGCGGAACAGCUGGAAACGACAUGGCCAGAAAUAAAUAUCCAGAGGAGCGAGGCGCUCACCUGCGGGCAAUAUUUACUGCAGGUCGGCGAGCAGCCGGGCCCGGCCGCCCCUGAGCCAGGCUGGAGUUGGAGUGAAUUAAUAAAUUACAAGGUAUUUUCCUCCUGCCGAAGGCUCCUUUUCCCGACUCGGAAAGCGUCUCUGCUUUUUCGAAAAUCUUCCGAUUUUGGAGACUUUGCUCCCCAACACCGUGGGAAGUGGGAAGGUACGGCCGGUCCCUGCGGAGCCCGGCCCGGCUCGGCCCUCGGUAGGGUGAGAAGGGGUCUCUGCCAGGCCCGGAGCCCCCCGGUCCCUUCAGCUCAGCCCCCGCAACAGGUCCUACCCAUCCCCGGGGCUGCGGGGAACCGGGGAGCCCCAAGGAAAGGUCCUGCAGUAGGAUCCUGGGGAGGCAGCCGUGAGGACAGGGAUGGAAAUAGGAAGGGAUGGGAGAAAACAGGGACGGGGAUGAGGCAAGGAUGGAAACGGGCAGGGAUGGAAACAGGCAGGGAUGGGAUGAGGCAGGAAAGGUGACACGAUAGGAUAGCGAUGAGGCAGAAAGGGGGAUGAAUCAGGGAUGGGGAUAGGCAGCGACAGAGGACAGCCAGGGAUGGAAACAGGCAGGGAUGGGAUGAGACGGACGGGGGACAAGCAGGAAUGGGAACGAAGAAGAGUCGGGGACAGGCAGGCAUGGGGAAGAGGUAAAACAAGAGCAGAGGCAGCGAUGGGGGACGUAGCAGGGACCUGCCGACCCCCGGCCAGACCCCGCAGCUUCCCCUGACUGAGCAGGGGGGGGUCAGGGGGUCCCCGCAGGAUGCAGUGCCCGGACCUACCCCUCGCCCCUCUCAGCGUCCUUCAGCCACUCUGUUCUUGUCACUAAAAUUACCCAAAGCGGCUCGUCCUCCCCCGGGCUAUUAAACACGCACAGAACACACAGACCUGUCCAAGGGAAACAUCUGCACCCACCCCCCAACCCACCCCCCAAAGAACUCUGCCACUCUCUUGGGUACGAAGUGACUCCCGUUUCAGGUGCCACCCCAAUGACCGGCCUGGCCGGGGCAUGGGGCAGUGACACCCCUGUCCCCGUGUCUCCCCACGCCCUUCUCUCUCCCGCUGCAGUAAUUGCUGCUGUAUUUAUCCAAACUAGGAGGGGGUGGCAGAGAAAGACUUCGAAGAGUAAUUUUCCGGGAAUUCUCCUCGGUGUAAUUGUCUUGAUAAUAAAUCCAGACGCUUAGCCUGUGUA